AUGGUAGCGCUAGAUACCAUAGAGGUUCUUCGAGGUGCUUGCAAUUCCGAGCUGCUGAUAUUGCAGCGUACAAAGUACACUUUUAAAGUAAAGCUGGAGCUAGACGCAGCUCCGUCACUGUCGCUCAUCUGGGGAGUACUUAUGAUGAACGCACCAGUACUGUCGAGUAAAGCAAGAACAGAUGCGGCGCAAGUGGAUACUUGCACGCUUUUCAAUACGCGCAAAAAAAUUACCUUUUGA